GCCUAACUGUCAGACGUCACGUGCGCGCAAGUCUGUGGCGACGUGAAAAUAUGAUGGAAUAGGACGAGUCAAAUCAAGAGUUCUCAAAUUAGCAAACGGUUGUUUAUCAUUGACAUCUACAUCAUUAGCUACUGUUCAGUAAGCAGAAGACUUCAGAAGAACCUGGGAGACGUAAGCUAGCUAGGUGCCACGAGAGCAGUGAAUUUGACAGUACAGUACCUGACGUGGUAGUGGGAGAUGAAACCGUGAGAUUGAGCCUCUCCCUAGAUCCACAUCCCAUGAGAUGGGAGCCAACACAAGCCAGGUCAGUGACCUGUCAGAGAACCAGAGCCUCCGGACCCUGAUCGGCACAGAGUCCAUCUCAGAUAAUGACCCCUUCUGGAACCAGCUAAUCUCCUUCACAUUCAUCAGCCCCACUAGCAGUGGUAACUCCAAGCUGUUGGAAGAGGCUGUUAUUCCCCUGGCCAAGAUCCUGAUUGAGAACAAUCCCAGAACAGGGAAUUUUGGAGCCCUAGUGAGAAUAUUCCUGGGAAGAACCAAAGAGUUGAAAAUAUCCACAGAAUGCCAAGAUCAGCUGUUCAUCUGGCAGGCCCACAAUACUUUGUUCAUGAUUCGCUGCCUUCUCAAAGUCUUCAUCAGGGAGAUGACAGAGGAGGAGCUGCACUUACAGUUCUCCUACCAGGAGAGGGUGCCAGGCUCCUGUGACACAGGGAGCGAGGUACUGCUGGAAGAGCUGAUGUGUAACCUCGUACACCUGGUGGUGGAGGUUCCCCUGCUGGACAUCACGUACAGUAUCCUGUUUGAGGCUGUGACCACCAUGCUGGUGCUGCUGUCCUACCAACUCUUUCACAAGGAGAUCCUGAGAGACGGACUCAUCUACCAGUACCUGAUGAAGGGGCGAUGUUUGUCCCUGACCAGUCAGUUGGUGAAGACUCUGCUGUAUAACAUCAUCAGACAGGAGAAGUGUCCGCCUCCUGCCACACACAUCUUUGAACAGCAGUCUGACAGAGGAGGCCUGCUCUACGGACUUGCCUCGGGAGUAGCAAGUGGGUUGUGGAGUGUGUUCGCGCUGGGUGGAGUCGGCAGUAAGCCAGGAUUGGAACAGGAACAGAACCCUCUGCCACUGUCCAAUCAGAGCCUGUUAUUGCUUCUGGUGCUAGCCAAUCUGACAGAUGGACCCAACAACUGUCCCAAUCCCUACAGACAGGCUGUCACAUGCUUCAAAAACACACAAGACAUGUCAUCCGUCCCUACAGAGCAGCACCAUAUGUUCCAGAUUAACUUCAACAGCCUUUACACAGCUCUGUGUGAGCAGCAGAGAUCCGACCAGGCUACACUGAUACUCUACACACUACUACAUCAGAACACUAACAUGAGGACGUACAUGCUGUCACGCACAGACAUGGAGAACCUGGUGAUGCCCAUCCUCAAGGUCCUGUAUCAUGUGGAAGACAGGAACUCUCAUCACGUCUACAUGGCCCUCAUCAUCCUCCUCAUCCUCACUGAGGAAGAUACCUUCAAUAGGUCCAUACAUGAGGUGGUAUUAAAAAACAUAACUUGGUAUUCAGAGCGUUCAUUAACAGAAAUCUCCCUGGGUAGUCUACUCAUCCUAGUUGUCAUACGCACCAUCCAGUUCAACAUGACACGGACCAGGGAUAAGUACCUGCACACCAACUGCCUGGCUGCCCUGGCCAAUAUGUCUGCCCAGUUCCGCUGCCUACACCAGUAUGCAGCCCAGCGCAUCAUCAGCCUGUUUGCACUGCUGUCCAAGAAGCACAACAAGAUUUUGGAGCAGGCUACCCAGUCUCUACGGGGCCUGCGGCGGGCAGACUACGCCCAGGACCUGAAUGUGAUUGAGGAGGUGAUCAGGAUGAUGCUGGAGAUCAUCAACUCGUGUCUGUCGAACUCUCUACACCACAACCCCAACCUGGUCUACGCCCUGCUCUACAAGAGAGAGCUCUUUGAACAGUUCAGAACACACCCAUCCUUCCAGGACAUCAUGCAGAACCUCGACACAGUGAUAGGUUUCUUCAGCCAGCGUCUUGAGGCAGCAGGGACAGACUUGUCAGUAGAGAGGGUUCAGGAGGUCAUCAUGAAGGGAGCACAGGCCCUGCCCAAAGACCGCCUCAAGAAGUUCCCGGAGCUGAAGUUUAGGUAUGUGGAGGAGGACCAGCCGGAAGACUUCUUCAUCCCUUACGUGUGGUCCCUGGUUUUCAACUCUGGAGUAGGCCUUAACUGGAGCCCUACAGGCAUAGAACUCUUCAGCAUGGACUCUGGCUGAUUGUGAGAGUUCACGUCUGUCUAGCUAUGGGCCAAUCCAAACUUCCAUUUUAGUCAAAUGUUCACUUAGUCAUGCAUCGAUGUAAAUGGGAGAUGUUACCUUAGUGGAAGUUAAGAUUCGCCCGUGUGUGUGUGUGUGUGUGUGUGUGUGUGUGCGCGAACUGCUUUGGAAGUGCCUCUACAGACAGAUCCCUGGGUUACUAUGGGAUGUUAGACAGGAGGACAUUGAAUAUACUGGUCUUCCUUUCUGCUCCUAUUUGUUCAUAUCAGACAAACUUUUCCUCUGUGCUUCCACGUAGCCUGGUUAGUCCAGACUGAACACUGAGCUCACCAUUGUGAGUCAUAAUUCAGUCUGGUACAACCAGGCUAGCUUCCACAUGGUUCAGCUCCACAACCAGACCUCAACAGCAGCACUGAAUACUAAGGAUGGUACUCUUAACAGAGACAGUUUGUUUUCUCCGUUAUUGGGAGUUUGGUGCAUUUUCUGUCCUCAGUCUUUCUCAGGUUUUCUCUGGUUUUGCCUCACUUCAAAUUCACCCUUGGUUCUUUUGGGUUUGCUUAAAACGUUCUCUUUUUUUAUGAAGUGAAGUAGUUAUGGUUCAAAUCAAUUUAAAAAAUCAGAGUAUUCAGAGUAUUCAACUGUCAGAGUAUUCAGAGCAACAUCCUAGGUUGAGGACUGUACAGUUGAUAACAGUUAACUAUUGGUGAUGACCUAGAGGUGUCAAUACGAUACUUGUCGCUGUAGCCUAGUCCCAGAACUUGUCACAUACAGAAUCUGGGACCAGGCUUUCUUAAGUCAUGUCUUUACCACAGUAAUUAUUUAUUAUCAGUAGUUUAGCAAAACAGGGGGUCCUUAUUUUCAAUGUUAUUUUGUGCACAAUCAUGUUUGUUUGUUUAUUUUCUUGUUUUAUAGGAUUUGUUUUUUUAAUUAUUGUAUUUAUGUAUGGAUUUUGAUAUUUGCCCCCACCAAAACAUAAACGACAAUCAACAGCAACAACAGUAGCAAAAUGAGAUCCUUAAUAUCCUUGUAAAGGAACAUCAGCAAAUAAUUUUAUUCCUGGUAGUUACGUAUUUGUCUUAAUGUCAAUAUAGAACAACAACAACUGACAAAGUUGAAUUUAGGAAGCAUAAUUAUUAAAAAUAUAAAAAUAACUAUAUACUGUAGUUAUAUACUGCCUUGUAAAUGUUCCAGGAUGCGUCGAAAUUGGUACCCUAUUCCCUAUAUAGUGCACUACUAUAGUGCACUACUUCUUCCUGAAGUGGUGCACUUGUCCACUACUUCCCACACAUUUAAAUCCAUUGAAGGGAGGUGAACAAGUGCUCACUUUGGGGAAAAAGGAGAGAUUAUUCGGAUGUACCCAAAGAUGUAUUCUCUCCUUUCAUUCAGUAACGAGAGUAUUCUCUAUAGUGAGUGCGUGAAGUUUGAGAAGCA